CCAGCGGCAGUGUGCUGUGAACGAGCGAAGGGUACGCUUGUGUUCCAGUUUUGUAGGGGAAAAAUAAAUUGUUUUUCCCAGAUUCUGCCUUAAGUUAUCGUGUUAUAAUCAUGGUUAAGUUUUAAGCUUGGGGCACGUUGGAGACAUACCUGUGACCGCUUCGAAUGUUCGUCUACUCUCGAAGUGCGACCUGAGUCACACCUUUGUUGCUGAAUAUUUGAUGUACCAGGCUGUUUCUGCUAGCGGAACGCAGGCCUGCAGAGCUACCACAGUCUGGUUGAUCUGAUUCUCAGGAUCCAGAGGUUGUGCUGAAUGUGACUUCAAGCUCCAGUCUUCUUGAACGAGGAAGAGACUUGUUAAAUGAUGAAAACACUUGUUGAAGGAGGAAAGGACUUUUUGAAGGAGGAAUACUUUCCUGACGGCGAUACGGGCUUGUUGUAGGAGAAAGAUACACGCUGAAGGAGGAAGAGCCUAACUAAAGGAGAAAGAAGAUCGUCAUUUUGCUGGUGACGCUGGCGAUGGAACCACCACAGCACCAUGCGUGCUCGGUCAGUGCAGCUGAUGACUUCCUGGUGGGUGGUGGGCGUGUGGGCGGCGCUGGGGAUCACUACGGGAGUGAUCAGUGUGGUGACUGUCCUGCAGCCUUCCUGGUACGUCAGGUAUUCCCUCAUCCACGCCCAGCAGGCCAGAGGAGUCUCCUUCCAGGUUGUUGUGUCUACAGUGGGACCUCUGGGCUUCUGUCGCUUAGCAGCUGUAGACACCAGUCAAGUGUCCCACACCAUCCCUAGGAGACACAGUACCGUCAUCACACCGCCAACUUCGAAAACCCUCGACCCGUACGAAGGAAUGACCACCACCACUACUCCGCCUGGGACGUCGCAAACACCUGCGGUCUUCACAAUGUCUCCUGAACUCUUUCCGCCGAGCACAGCGUCGCCAGGUGCUAGUCAGGAGACAAGGCCUACUAAUGUUUCCCUGUGGGAGCUAACGCCCCAGGGUGGUCUUGACACUACGUUAUCCUUAGAGAGUGAUCUCAAACAUACUCCCUCAGCGAGUUCCACCGUGCAAGGCGCGACGGAAGAUGCUCCCGUUGAUGGAAGGCAGUCAUUCGAUGUCUUAAGAGCCUUCACGAGCACUGAUAAGGAUGUUACGGACGAGAAGCAAGACACAAAGAAUGUUCUCUUACACGUGAACGGAAGUUACGAGGAGGUCGUAGAGCAAGAAAAAGAUAACUCGAGUAUACCUCACUUUCAGGAGGAAAAACUGGUACUGAGUGAACUUGGGGAUGUUAAAAAAACGCAGGAAAUGUCAGAACAUGAGACCACCAUUACGGAUGUGAGAAAUACAACUCGAUAUAUCCAAGGGGGUAACACUGGGCAGGAGGUCAAUAAUAGGAUAAGAAUGACUAUCGCAAACAUCGACACAGACGUAGGUGGAUCCGCAGAACACAAGAACACCACCGUAAAGAAAAACAGCAGAAGGAAGAAUAGGAAUAGAAAGAGGAAAAAGAAAAACAGAAGAAAGAAAACAAAGUCGAGAAAGCAAUCAUUGGUGUCAGUGGGUCGUCGGAGAGGUGAGUUUGAUGAGCCUAACCCCUCGAACAGAACAUCUCUUCAGUUGACGUUGGACGUAGCUAAGUUGAGAUCUGGCAACCUGAAACCUGGCAAAGCUAAGAAGAGCUCCGAUCAGCUAGUUUCUGGCAAAAUAAAGUCGAGGUCUAGUCGUAUACAGUCUAGUGAAGCUAUUGCCAGGUCUGAUAAGUUGGCAUCUGGAAAAGCUAAGAAGAAUUCUGGUCAGAUGGUGUUUGAAAAAGCUACGGUGACCCCCAGCGCUGAAGAACUGUUCUUCGCCGAGUUUCUUGUUCAACAAGAACAGCGGAAGAGUUAUCGCGAUAUUCUCGCCAUCGACUACCGUCCCCGUGCACCCAUCUUGCUGUGUUCUGGCGUAGGAGUGGGCGUGAGUGCCGGUUCUUCCGCAGUGUGGGUGCUGGUUGGAGUGGUGUACGGAGCCGCGGGCGUGCUGCAGGUGAUUGCGGGUGUGGCGUCGCUGGCUCUGCACGCCGCCCGUGCCCACGCUCGGAGGUACGCCUUCGCCGUCUGGGUGGGCAAUGUCCAGGUGGCUGUCGUAAUGUCCCAAGGGGUGGCGCUGGUGUUGUUUCCCCUGGGGCUGGGCUCCCCGCUGGCGCGUCGGGAGUGUGGAGGGUCGUCGUCGGUCUACUGGUCAGGGGAGUGCAGUUUUGGGUGGUCGUAUAUGCUGGGAGUCGUGGCUACCACCCUCGCUGCCUACUGCCCGUGCUUAGCCAGACUCACUAUCUUCAGGAGAUACUCCCUUAGGGAGUGGGACAGCAAUUUCUUCUGAGGGACGGCUGAAGUGUGCUUGGGGCCGUCAUGAAAAUAUUUAAGAACGUCUGGAAAGUGUAAAAGACCUUCUGGAAUUGCCUUGGGAGGACUUGGAAAUGUACGAGGGCCCUUUGCAAGUGUUUUGAGUCGUCUCAAAACUGUGUCCUUAGAAUGUUUAGUACAUCCUAGUAAAUUGUAAAAGAUAAUAGAAUUUUAUUCUGCUCUCGUGAGUUGAAUGGAGACAUCCUGGAAUUAGAUGAAGUUUUGUUGCAGAAAUAUUCGUAAUGUUUUGUUUGGUUUUUCACGGAAGGGGCCCUUCCAAUUUCUUUCAAUUGUGUACGAACUUACUGGAAAUACUCGAGUGUAAAUAGAAUUGCGCAAGAACAUCCUGGAACCGUGUGGUAAUGCCGUGUGGAUUAUUCAGCUCUGGACGUCCCAAAUCUAUUUUAAAGGUCUUUGAAUUGUAUGAGUGUGCACUAAAAUUGUCUGGCUAUGAGCACCUAAGCAGUUAGGCGUUUUGUAAAUUGCAUUGAAGGUAUCUACCAGGUGUCUAUUAAGUGCGUAGGUGAGUACUUGCAAUGUUUGUGAACGCACAGAAAAUCUUUGCAGGCUUCUGGAGAGUGUCUGAGGAAUAUGUAGGCUCCAUUGAGUGAGAGAACAGAAUUGAUUUAAAACGUAGUUAAAAGAGGAUUUUUUUAUUAUUAAAAUGAUAAUUGAUUCAGGAAGUGUGUGAACAGAGCGGAUAACAAUUUAUAUCCCUCCUUGGGUAUUGGAUAAGUCAUAGUUACUUCGAAUAUAUUUUUUUUUUCUUGGAAGAUUCACUUGAGGCUCUAAGAGAUCUUAGACAUUCUGAAAAAGUUUGAGUAAUCACAGAACAAUCUUGCAGUAUGUAAAUAAAUUUGAUUUUUCGUGAAAACAAAAUAUACAAUAUAGAGUGAGGAAGUCCCUGAGAGAGAGAAAUCAUCAAAAUCAAGACAUGUCUAUAUAUCAAAGAUUAAAUUUACGCAUGUCUUUAUUUUACAAGCAAGACCUGUGAAGAAUAAUGAGUGAGAAGUUUUGAGAGAGAGCGAGAAUUCAGUCAGGUGAAUGUCUCUGAAAGUACGGAAAACAGACCUAUUUAUAUAGAGGCUAUAAUUCACUUUUGAGGUUCAGCUCAUGAAUGCUUCCUCUAGUUGACUUCGUCUUCAAGUGAGAGUCUAUACUAACUAUAAAGAAAGUAUUGUAUGUCUGACAAUGUAUACGAAAAAUAAUUGUUAUAAUCUUUAAAAGUUGGUCAGAGAUAAGUUGUCCAUAAAUUAGAAUCGAUAUUUCCACCGGUGUUCAGCAGAAUCUAUAUUCAUUCUGUUAUAAAUUGUCUAUAGCAAAUUCAUAUAUCAUUUAGAGGAUAUGUUAAUGGUUUCUGGUACUAAGGGAUACUAUAGGGAAUAUUAAUAUAUUUAUAAUAAAUAUGCAUCUCUUCUUUCCAACAUUAUCUUCUAGGACUUGUUUACAGCUAAAAUGUUAUAAAUACCAUAUCAAAAUUAAAGUUAUAAAUUAAGCGUUUAUCUGUCUAUAUUAGGAUUCGAUUUGUUCCUAUAGUGAUAAUAUACGCAUACUAGAUAUGUACACACACAAACUGUAUAUUUCUAAAUAUAAAAGGGUAUGAAAUAUAUA